AUGACAGCCGCCGCAGACUCGGCAGUCGCCACCAAUGGCAAGGCCGCCGACCGCCCGAAGAUCUCCAAACCAAUCGCUCGACUCGGCUAUGGCAUAGUAUAUCACGUAUUCGCUCAUAUCUUGAGCUUCGUCACCCUUCUCCUACUCAUUUUCGCGUACGCCUCCUCCGCAACCUCCGCGCCUAUCACACCUGGCGGGUUGCUCUCCAACAAGCCCUGGCUGGUGCACAUCAACCAGACAUCCACGUCCACUAUCGCCCUACCAGGCGACGCAGCUUCGUUCACGCUCAGGAAGUGGGGACUGGGAACAUUUGGGUGGUGUGAGUGGAAUUUCAAUCCGGUCGACAUGCAGCAGCCGGGCAAAUGUACCAAGAAGAUCGGGUGGCAGCUACCGGGAAGUGCGGAGCCGGGGGACGAUAUCUUGAAGAUUGAGAUGCCUGCCGCCCUCGGCAAAGUCCUACCUAUCGUUUCUCACUUCCUGAUACUCGCGAUACUGUGUAUCUUUGCUUACUUUAUUCUCCUCGCCUUCGCCUACAAAUACUGCCCCGAGACAGACGAAAAGCACGGCGAUGGAGCCCAUGCCCUGCCCUGGGCGAGGAAUGCCGAGACCCGCAGGCUCUACGAUAUCAUCCGUAGUUAUAAGGGCGGCCGGUCCAUGUUAUUACUCUCCGAGGGCAUCACAGGCGUCAUCGUCAUCGUCAUGGCUAUCGGCGUGGCGCAGUUGCCCAAAGCGCAGAAAUUGGAAGCGAGCUUUGGGAGCGGAGGGUACAUGGUCCUCGCUUCAGCAGUCAUGAUCUCGACCAUCGACCUACUGGCAUUCUUUGGCGGACUCAAAGUCAAGGUGCCCAAGAAACGACAUGGCCGGUAA